UAUACCUACUGAAAAGAGUGAUAGCGGAUCACCUGUAUUCUAUUCGCGAGAUUUACCUUUUGUGAGUCUACUCGGCAUACACAUGAUAAGCGUGUAUAGUAAAAGCUUGGGUGAUAUUAUGUUAACUAUAAAAUUACAAGAUAUUUUUAAUAAAGCUCCAAUGGAGCUUGUUUUAG